CAGAGCAUUCACAACUCUGACAACUAACAACGCCAGUUUAAAAAUCAUCGCCAGGAUAAGACAUACAUUAAAUUAAAAAAAAAAACUACGAAAAAUAUGUUCAACUUUUGUGAAGUAACACCGCAACGAUAUCCCACAAAUCUAAUAAACAAGGAUUGGUCACAACGUAGUAUAAAAUAUUAUUCAGAAUAUUUGCAUUUUGUUAAGAAAGUCCAUGAAUUGGAAGUGUUUGAUGAUGAUGUAUGGCUGGUAACAUUGCCAAAGUCUGGCACCACCUGGAUGCAGGAACUGCUGUGGUUGGUUGUAAAUAACUUUGAUUUUGAGACGGCCAAAAAAGAACACUUGGAAGUUAGAACACCAUGUUUGGAAUUUGACUACAUAAUCCAUGAAAACUUGGAGAGGGCAUUUAAACCUUUGGAAAGUUUAUCAAGACCCAGACUUAUUAAAACGCAUUUAUGUUUACCUUUGCUGCCAGCACAAAUUUGGGAUAAAAAACCUAAGGUUAUUUAUGUUUCCCGUAAUAUUCAAGAUGCUUAUGUUUCCCUAUAUUAUCAAUACCGUAGUUUGGGCUUUAGUAUGGACAAGACCCUGGAACAAUUUGUGGCUACAGCUAUGAAGGGUGACAAAUUAUUUGAUCCAUUUUUACAUAUAACUGAAUUUUUUAGCUUGAGAAAUGAACACUGGUUGUAUUAUACCAGUUUUGAAAGCAUGAAACAUGAUUUGAGACAAGUCAUUACAGAGGUCUGCACAUUUCUUAAUAAAACCAUAACGGAAGAGACAAUGGAGAAAAUGUUAAAGCAUUUAUCGUUUGAAGAGAUGAAAAAUAAUGCAAAAACAAAUCAUAUUUGGGAUUUUGAACAAGUUAGAAAGAAGAUGGGUUUACCCUAUGAACAUCAUAAUUUUGUGCGCAAGGGCCAAGUUAAUGGUUAUAAAGACGAAUUAUCGCCAGAAAUGGUUAGUAAAUUGAAUAACUGGGUAACUGAGAACUUAUCUAAAUACAAUGUCACAAUGGAGGAAUUAUUGCUGCUAAAAUGAAGAUUUAAAUUUAUUUUGGAAAUUAACAAUUAAUAAGGUGUUUUAAUAAUAACAAAAUUUUACCAAACAUGUUAAAAAGAAAACAAUUUAGAAUUAUAUCUGUGACAACAAAGAGAAAAAUUAGAUGUUUAGCAAGUAAGAGAGCUAUAUUCGGCUGUGCCGGAUUUUAUAUACCCUUCACCAAAUUAUACUUCACAAUAAAAAUUUUAAAUAUUUUUAGGUAAACAAA